ACCUUCAAGAUGGCUAGUGAUGAUGCCGUCCGAUCUGGGAACGGUUCAAUACACCAUGUGAAAAAUGGUAAAACAAAUGGUUUUCAUCGCCACAAAAACGGACACAAUACCAAUGGAAAGAAUGGAGAUUCUAAAAAGAAGCCUGACUGGCAGGACGACUUCUGGGAAUCCUUUGAAGAGACUCCUAUCAUAGCUGCUAUAUACACUUAUUUCUGCUUCGGACUGCUUGUUGUUUUUGGACAUAUUCGUGACUUUUUAAGAAAUAUUGGAAUAGAGAAAGUAAAAUCAUGCACAGAACCAAAAUUACCUGGAUUUGUUCCACUGUAUCAGAGCUGGGAGAGUUUUUACACCAGGAACAUUUAUCGCCGAAUAAGAGACUGCUGGAACAGACCAGUGACAAGUGGAGCUGGAGCCGAGUUAGAUGUUGUGGAGAGGGUAUCCAACGACAAUGGCUGGAACUUUACAAAUACGGGCAAAACACAUCGUGUGAUGAAUUUGGGAUCCUACAAUUACCUUGGAUUUUCUCAAAAUUAUGGGCCGUGUGCAGAUGCUGCAGAGGAAUCUACCAAAAAAUUUGGGAUGUCAUUUUGUAGCAGUCCUCAGCAUUUAGGUUACUCUAAGUUGCACAAAGAACUGGAUGAACUUGUUGCUGAAUUUGUUGGUGUGGAGGCAGCGUUUACCCUCCCAAUGGGCUUUGCCACCAAUUCAAUGAACAUGCCAUGUCUUGUCAGUAAGGGUAGUUUGAUUUUGAGUGAUUCUCUGAACCAUGCCUCACUAGUGCUAGGAUCCAGACUGACUGGUGCCACUAUCAGGACCUUCAAACACAACAAUAUGACAGAUUUGGAGGAUAAGCUUCGUACAGCGGUGAUUGAGGGCCAGCCCAGAACACACAGGCCCUGGAAAAAAAUCCUGAUAGUUGUGGAAGGAGUGUACAGUAUGGAGGGAUCCAUUAUCCGUCUACCAGAUGUGAUUCGUCUAAAGAAGAAGUACAAAGCUUAUAUCUACUUAGACGAGGCUCACAGCAUAGGGGCACUGGGGCCAAAUGGAAAGGGUGUUGUCGACUAUUUUGGACUGGAUCCCCGUGAUAUCGAUGUCAUGAUGGGGACAUUUACGAAGAGUUUUGGUGCAGCAGGAGGGUACAUUGGUGGAUCAAAGAAAUUGGUGCAACAUUUACGAGUGAAUUCUCAUGCAGCGCUUUACUCCGUCUCGAUGUCGCCGUGUGUCACACAGCAAGUGAUCUCCUCAAUGAGGAUUGUCAUGGGACUAGAUAACACAUUAGAAGGAAAAAGAAAAAUUCAACAGCUGAAAUGGAACACAAGGUACUUUAGACAUCGCCUACAUAAAUUGGGCUUCAUCGUCUACGGCAACAAGGAUUCGCCCGUGGUUCCACUGCUUAUGUUUAUGCCUACGAAAGUCGCAGCCUUUGCUCGUAUGACACUGGAUCGAGGCCUGGGUGUGGUAGUGGUAGGUUUCCCAGCCACGCCCAUCAGUGAAUGCCGAGCCAGAUUCUGUGUGUCUGCUGCACACACCAAAGAACAGUUGGACAAGGCACUUGCUAUCAUCGAUGAGUUAGGUGAACUUCUUGGCCUCAAAUAUUCCACUAUGGCUGUGCCGUCUCAUGAUGAGACAGACAUUCAGCUAAUCGAGUGAACAUAUCUCGAAGUUCCUUCAUCAUCAUCACCAUCAUAAGAGUGGAUUGGUGGUCCAGAAGAGAGAAGCAUUUUAUUUCACGGGCAGAAAAAUCUGCUUUAUCGCUGGAUCAUCAUAUGAAGCUAUGCGUCUUCAAAUCCUAGCUUUGUAACCUGAGUUUACGGUUAUAACUAAGAUCAACCAUCAACUUGAUGAUUGACGGAGGAGAAGACAUUCAUCACAUUGCCAUAUGUGUACUUGAAACCAGACGAGACAUCAGUGAAGAUGUAUGUGUCUAUGUGUUCAAUUUUUAUCAGGGAAUGAAAGAAACAAGUGUUAUUUUUACAUGUGCAUGU